AAAAUAAAAGUUUGUACAAUCGACUUCAAGAAUUUUGCCCACAAAAAACCUCAGUAAAUAACCUUUCGAAUUCUUUCACAGUGAACAUGAAGCAUCUUAUCUUGCUCGGGAUGGUAUUAACGACCCUCCAUCGGACAGCCGGUGAGACGGAACACCAUCUGAGCUCCAUCUUUCUUACAGGGAUGUAUACCAGCUACUGUCAGCUUGAUUGUCCCGGCGCAACGAAGCACACCCUUUGCGAACUGCCUUCGGACCCAAAGCCAGAGCAAUGUGAAAACUUUCAGCAACUGCUAGGAAGCUCUGAGCUGUGGCAAAACAUUCUGAACGCACACAAUGGUAUCCGGAAUCGGUACGCGAUGCGACGCCGCAUAACCAACAUGAAGAAGCUUGUGUGGGACGACGAGCUGGCCCGCAUGGCUAGGUUACAUCUUGCCACCUGUCAGCGGUACGAGCCCGAUCCUUGCGCCCAGCUGAGCAAUGCAAACGUGUACAGCCGGGACUAUCGAAAUGUGCGGCAGAGUAAGGCGUUCGUGAUCGAACGCUACCUACCGAAGUACUACGCGAUCGACGUCCUACGCAGUUGGUACCUGCAGAAGGAUGAAACGCCAGCCCCGCAGGUUACGGCAGCCCAUCAACUGCAGCACACGGUGCUGAACAAUUUCACCCUGCUAACCUGGGCCAGCCUCGAGCGGAUCGGGUGUGCCGCGGCUAAGUAUCGCGACGGGUUCCAGCUGGUGUGCAACUACUUUCCCUACUAUUCGCUUGCCGAACCAGCCGCCGAGCUUGGCCCACCGGCAACACGUUGCCCACGAACGUUUCCCUUGCGCAGUAGUAUCUUUGACGGGCUGUGUACGUUCGAGAUGGAUGGAGCGGCCGGCUGGAAGCUGGCGAAUCUAGCGUUGGUUCCGUUAGGUUUGCUGUGUCUGUGGCGAACGGGGGAGGGGCUCGUUCUGGGCGGGUAGGUUGGGAGGGGCGCAUACUUACGGGUACCGGCAGGUGGUUCAAGUUGGCGUUUAGAGGAGCAAGAUCGUCGGCGAUGAACUGGAUCGGCAGCGUCAGCGCUUCGGCAGUUGUUCGCGUGGUGGUCGUCGCACGCAGGCAGCGAAACACUCCGAACAGACCAAGCACCAGGGCACAAAUCACUGAGAAUGACACCAAGCCGUAGAUGUAGCCUGGACAGUGGGAAAGAAAAUUGCAAUUUGUUAGUGAUGCAGUUUGGAAAUUCGGGAUAGUCAUAUUGGUUGAACUAUAGCAUUCAUAUUGAGGAUUCAGUAAGAUAAUCAAUAUUUCCCAUAGUUUUUUUUCCAAAUUGUUAUCAGUAGUAUGACCUAGAACAUCAGAAAUUACCCUUCAAUUUUAUUAUACCCAGUAUAACUUUACUCU